CGCCAGCAUCGCACAUAAACCCACCCACCACCCAUGGCUCCUGCGCUGUCCACGAGAAACGCAUCCCUCCUCCAGAACGCCCACGGCGGACUCAGCAUCGGCGCCGUGUUCGCCCUCAUCGGGAUAAUCCUCGCGGCGUUUCUCCUCCUCGCGACGGCCGCGCUGCUCUACCUCCGACGCCUCGACGCGCGCUCACCACUGCUGCUGCUGCCACUGCCAUCGGAGACAUGGGCUCCCGAGCGGGCCGGCGAAAAGCACGGCGGUACAGGUACCCCUAGAUCGUGCCUCGCCGCAAACGAACACGGCCGGAGCUGGGCGGUGCCGCCACCGCCGCCGCCACCGCCGGCGUACUACGCCGCCCUGCAUGCACCUCGUCCCGGAGUCCCGGACCUGGAUGAAAAGCCGUCUAUCAUGAAGCGCUGAGCCAGUGCUGGGAGAUGAAAUCCAACAGUCGAUUGUAGACAUUCCUGUAGCGCUAUGACGUCAUGAUCACUUCAUAUCACGGAUUUACAGCUUUCCAUGUCAGGUGGGGGGCGACGAAACGAUCGAUAGACAAUCAUCUCGGCUGUCCAUGGCGCGAUUGGCAUCCUGCACAUCUUGUCAGUAUGUAUGUAUACUUAGAACAUAGGGACCGGUCCGAAUGUUUUUAAAAAAAAUUGGGCAGCAAUCUAUCUCGGGUCCCCCUCCCUCCCUACACAUUCCAGACUUCCAGUCUGGGCGUCACGGAGUGAUUUCGGCUCCGCGAAAUCACCAUCGCAUGCAACGCCGACAGAUCCGUUUUCUGGUUGCACGGCGCGAAGAAGCCGUACGAAAAGUCCUCCAGCUGAGGGCAGGCUGCAGGUGAUUGGCCUUGGACGGUCAGCGCCUGAAACAACGCGUCCAUCGAACGGAAUUGGGCGCAGGAUUUCUUGUCCCGUACUUCGAGUGCUCGGAUGUCGGGUAUCAACGGAAGCACUGACGUAAUUAUGGCGGGGAGGUGCUCGAUUGCCAGGUUGACGAGGCACAGAGCACGGAGCUGUGUAUGCAGGUUGCACUGCUCGAGAAACGACACCAACAUCGCGCACUCAGCGGUCCCCUGUGUACGGAACUCGAGCGACAAAUGCGUCACGUUCGGCGUUGUGAUGAAACCAAGGAACGACGCGUCGUCCGUGGACAGCUGAAGCAGAUUGGGAAGACAGAUCGUCCCCUUCUCCCCGCCCCGCGAGACAGCCCCGUAAUACGCCCGCUGCUCGCAGACAGGGGGCAGCAGAACAGCGCACUCAACGAGCCGAGUCGCCUCGCGCAAGAUCUCAAGGUGCCGCCCCAUCGAAUACCGGGCCGAGUAGUGCGUGAGCUGCGCCCAGGGCAGCACCAGCGACGGCGGCGAGCAGCUGUGCCCGUCCCGCGGCACCAGAUCCACCCGGCGCAGACCCGGCGCGCCGCAGAACACAUCCUCCACGCCCUCCACGUCCGUGAACCGGCACCCCAGCACCAGCGCCUCGAGCGCGCCAGCGGCACACCGCGCGCGCGCGAGCCACCGCAGCUCCGCCGCACCGCACCUGCCGCGCCCGUGCACCUCGAUCCGCGCCCAGCGGUGCGCGUGCGCCGCGAGCAGGCCCGCGAGCGCCGGGGCGACGGGGUUCCCGUCUGCCCAGCGCACGAGGCGCAGGCCGCGCACGGGGCCCGCCCGCGCGAGGUGCGCCGUGAAGACGGUGACGUGGUGCGGGGCGUCCGCGGAGACGAGCAGCGUUGCCCAGAGGCUGCUGUCGCCUGUGGCAGCGGCGCGCCACAUCCGGCAGACACGGAUGAUAGUGGCGAGGAGGUAGGUCGGGGUGUGCUGCCACGGCGGCGGCGGCGUCGGAAACCCUCCCCCCAACUCGAUCUGAGAGGCAAAGUGGAAGAUGGAGACCAGGAUCUCGGGGGGAAGGCGCUGGACGGCACUGGCCUGGGAGUGCGGCUGUUGGGAUCUCCUCACGACGACGGGGUCGGUGAUAUGGAUGUUGAACGACGCGACGACCAUGCGAUCCCCUGAGGUCAUGGAAUGGUCUUCAAUGCAGAGUGUCUGAGACAUGGAUCGCAAGAGCAAAGGCUGGAGGUAGGACGAGGGAACAGUCAAGCCUCAUCACGAGCGUGAGGCCGUUCAACACGCUCCCAAAGCCUUCAUGAAAGGCAAUCACUAUCACAAUACGACCCUUGGCCCCGUGGGUUGCUUGAGACAGCGCUAUCCACGCUUUAUUUGCAUACCUGCUCGGGAUAGGCACCCCGUCAGUUGCUGGACGUGCAGGUCAUCGAUGGGUGUCAAUCCUCGACUGCAUGUUCGGCAGUCUCCGAUCGCAGUGCGAAGUUAGCGGAGAUUCGUCGUCCAACUUGACAAGCGGCAGAGGUCCAUCGUCCACUUGACAUCCCUACACAUCACAGAGUUGUAAACAUCUCUGUUAGAAGUAGCCAUCAAUAAUUGAUCCACGGAGAUCAGUCUGCCAGUGACCCCAAACAGUUCAGUACGUUACCCAUCUUGCCAUGUGUAUGUGCGUUUCUGUCUACCCAACGGAUGUAAAUAUCCUUCACAUUGAUCUUGAAAAACCAAUGGGCUCAAUUGGUUGCUACUCAAAAAGCCAAACAGCUGUUUUCG